UACAACAGCCACUCUCUCCCGCCUUGCUACCGUUAUUACAGUUUACAAAACACUAACAACCAUGGCUACCCAAGCCAAAACCCCUUCUCUGUGUUACACUCACAAACCGCAAUUCUUUCUCCAUAAUCCUAUUCCUGCAUCCAUUUCACUUUUUGGUAAUGGCAAGGGCCAAAAGAAGCCUCUCAAUCUCAGUUGCAGCUCCAACGGCGAUGAUGAUUAUUACAUAGAUGCUGAUUAUCAAGUGGGUGACGGCUUCUCUUUCAGUGGAGGAAAGUAUUCAGAUGGACCUAGCCCGUCUGAUGAAUGGUUCAAGCAAGGGAAGAUAGUGAAAGCUUAUACUUCUCUUGGUUCCGGUGAGAAGGCAAAAGAUCCUAUUUUUGGACUUGCAAUGGGUGCUGAUUCUCAGGCAGCUGCUGAUGUUUUCAGAUGGUUUUGCGUUGAAUCCGGAAGUGCUGAUAAUCCUUCAGUUAUACUGAUUCAUGGCUUACCUUCUCAGGCGUACUCUUACCGGAAGGUUCUUCCGAUACUUUCUAAAGCCUAUCAUGCCAUUGCUUUUGAUUGGUUAGGCUUUGGAUUUUCAGAUAAACCACAACCCAAGUAUGGCUUUGACUAUACUCUCAACGAGUAUGUGACAUCCUUGGAGUCCUUUAUCAAUGAAGUUGCUGUUGGAAAGGUCUCACUCGUUGUCCAGGGAUACUUUGCACCGGCAGCUGUUAAAUAUGCCAGCACUCAUCAGGAAAAGAUUGACAACAUAAUACUCUUAAAUCCCCCUCUAACAGAAAAGCAUGCAAACCUUCCCUCAACCUUGUCCAUAUUCAGCAACUUUUUGUUAGGUGAAAUCUUCUCUCAGGAUCCUCUAAGGGCAAGUGAUAAAACCUUGACAAGUUGUGGACCUUAUCAAAUGAAAGAGGAUGAUGCCAUGGUUUAUAGAAAUCCUUACCUCACAUCUGGAGCUUCUGGUUUUGCAUUAAAUGCAAUCAGUAGGGACAUGAAGAAAGAGUUGAAGAAAUAUGUGGAAGAAAUGAGGACAAUGCUAACAGAUGAAAAUUGGAAAGUUCCAACUACAAUAUGUUGGGGCAAAAGAGACCGCUGGUUGACUUAUGAUGGAGUGGAAGAUUUCUGCAAGGAUUCAAAGCAUAAGCUUAUAGAAAUUCCAAUGGCAGGCCAUCACGUCCAGGAGGAUCGUGGUGAAGAACUUGGACAAAUCAUUUACGAAAUUAUCAGAAAAAGGCGAUUUGGUUUAUGAUACUCUGUCAUUUCUUAUUUUUAAUUUUUCUUAAUUGAAAGAACAUCAUAUCAUUUUCUUUGAUUCAGAUCGAAUAGAGAGUUGAGAAUUUGAGAGAAUAAAGUUUCAAGAAGCUUUUGUUUCCCAGAAAAUGGGAAUGCCCCUCAUGGAACAAUAUUAAUGUAAAUUUGUCUCCUCCUCAAAAAUAACCAAGACUACAAUG